CUUCUAAAGAAGAAAUUUUUGGCGUCAGAAAUGCGGGUUGUAAUUCUAAAUUAGAAUGUAAACCAUUCUUUAAACUGUAUUCAACCCAAAACCCGGAACAAUCCAGAGAAAUCAAGACUGAACUCAACCCAUUCCAAGGUUGGAGUUUAAUCUUGAUUCCGAACAGCUGGAAAAUAUAUUGAAUCCUAAUACAGGUUGGAGAGUAUUUGAAAGAUGGAUUUGGAGGAGAAAUUUUUAGAGUCCGUCCAACUCGGAGAUAUUCAAUCCGUCCUACAACUAAUCAGCUCAGGGGUUUGUUUAAAUGUUGUUCUUGAGAUUAAUGAUGAGAAGCAUACUCCCCUUCUAGCCGCAGUACUGCUAGCUGAUGCUAAGGUUUCCUUGUGUAUCUCUCAGAUCUUACUUCUACACGGAGCAGAUCCAAACCUGAAGACUAGAGGUAAACUUCCUCUUCACGAGGCGGCUAGGUUGGGCCGACAUGAACUUGUUUCUCUUCUCUUGGAGUCCGGAGCUAAACCUAGACGGAGAGAUGUUAAUGAUAAAACUGCUCUGGAGGUAGGACAGGAGGAGGGUAGAAAGGAUAUUAUUGAUCUUCUGCUAGGAAACCAGGCUCAUGUUUCUGUCAAGUUUAACAGAUAUAUAUUUGAAAAUGAGACGGAGGAGAAAGAAAAUUCCGAAGAAAGUAAAUCUACAGAUUUUCUCCGAGAGAUAGAAAAGAUAUUCUCCGCGGAUAUAACAGGAGCUGGCAUCAAUUCCGAUCAAAAUAAUAUGUCCGGGAUAGUAGAGGAUAUUGCUGAGGUGGCGGAACAACUUGAAGAAAUAGGAUUCAAAACUCCAAACAUUUACUCAGCGAAAACAAGAACUUGUGAAAGACGGUUAGAACAUCUGACCAAGGACGGAUACCAGGACAAAGUUUCAAAGUUCCUGGAAAGUAUGGAUCCAAGCAAUGAUAUCGCAGAGGAUUCUGUUCCUGAAUCAGUAUCUGACACCCCGGUUAGAAAAGAGAAAUCCUACCUCCGCCAAACCUUGGCUAGUUCAAGAAAACGUAGAAUUUUGUUGGAGGCUGAAACUAACACUAAACCUGCCACACCUCUGAAAAAAACUUCCAAGACCAUUGAGGCUACCAACACGUUACCUCUCCCUAAUCUACCCUUGUCAAGGUUCUCUACACUAGAAUCCUCUAGUUCAGCGUGUACAGGUAUAAACUCUCUAGCUAUAAGUCUAGCUAACACUAGUUCUCUAUCUGUAUGCGAGGAGUAUAUUAUCAAGGAUUCUAGCACUGGACUUGAACUGGUGGAAAAGCGUCUACCCUCGCUACUAGGAUUAGCUAUGCAGGAUGAAGCGUUGUUAAAUCUUCUUGAAGAGGGAGCAGAGGAACCCGUUGAUAGAUCCAACAACUUCUCUUUAGGCUCCAUGUCUGAUUACUCCUCAAGCCGGAUCAAGCAUGAGCUGGAAAGAUUUGGAGAACUUCCGACCGGACCAAUAACGUCGAAUACUAAGCGUGCAUAUCUACUACGGUUAAAGAAACUCCGGCUUGGUUUGGUUGUGCCUGGAGCAUAUUUAACGGAGAAGUAUCCGAACCCUCUAGCUGAGUCCCUGAAGAACGUCUCCUGUAUUACAAAAAACUGGGAGAAGUUGUGGAAACUUGAAAAUGAAAUGUCGGAUAGGUUUGUUUGUGUUGAUCCUGAGCUGGCUGAAGGAAUUAAUUUCCUAACUCGGGAGUCUGUUUGUAAAUCCUCGUUUAACUAUCUUCUCCUAGAUCCUAGAAAAAGUCAAAACCUUCCCUUCAAGGUUUUCAGCUGGGGGGAUCAGGAUCUCUGGAAAACCUUUAUUGAUUCUAUAUUUUAUAUCGGUAAAGGAUCACGUUCCAGACCUUUCCAGCACUUGUAUGAUGCCUGCAAACGAAACGUUUCCCGGAAGAAAAGUUCCAAGGUUGAACGUAUCCUAGAGAUUUGGGAUGCAGGUUUCGGCGUAGUUUCUCUCCAGGUCUUUAAUAACUGUAUAGCUGUAGAGGGGUUUACCAGAGAAGCUGCCAUGAUAGAUGCUAUAGGAUUAGAUAACCUGAGUAAUGUUAAACCAGGAGAUUAUUAUGGUCCUGCGGUAACCUGGGAGAAGAAUAGUCAACAGCAACUAGGAACCUUCCUUCUCUACAGAGCUUUCAAAAUAUUUCUACAAGAAGGAGAACGACAAAUUCGUUCAGUAGAUCUGAAAACAAAAUAAGUUGUACAAAAUAUGUUUUUAUAAUAUCUAUAUAUCUUAUACACUA